AUGGUUUUCACAGUCAACCUGACUUUCCUAGAAAUCCAAUUUGGGCUGCAAGAGACCACAAUUGAUCAGCCUUACAGCAUAUUGCAUCGUCUCAGACUUGCAAAAGCAUAUAGAGAUCUUGGAUAUCCUGACCUCGCGGCAGGAGAUGCGUACAAAGCCUUGAUUCUGAUUGAUGAAGUGGUUCAGGAAGGCGAAUACCAUGACGACGCCCUGGAGGCGGCGCGAACGGACAUCGCCACUGAACAAAUGAGAGAUGUAGCUGUAGAUUCUGAGAAGGAAGUUACGUCUUUUGAAGAUGACGAGAUCGCGGCCUGGGCACAAACGCGAUGGUCGAAGAAUGCACACGAUGCCCUCAUUGGGUGUCUGAUAGAUUGUGGAUGUUUCCGCAGUGCGUUUGAUUACAUCUCUCGUGCAAAAAAGGCGUUUCCAGACGAUAAAGUCUUCCAUAAUUACGAUGAUACAUUGUCGAGCCGUCUUCGAUCCUACUUCGCGGACAACGGAGAAGCCCUAGAAGAUAUAAAUAUAGAAGAGUACCCAGAUAAAGGCCUGGUUCGCCGCGAGAAGUACCCUUGGAAUCAUCACGAACCAAACCGGUUCUCAACAGAGUGCCUGGACUUUCUCAACAAGGAGCUCACAAACAUAGCCCCGAUGUUGGAAGUGAGGGUCGCUGAACUACCUGUUCUCACUACCACGGACACCACAAACGGAUCAAUUCCGGAUUCAAAAUAUACGAAACAACUUGGACUCUUUGCCAAGGAGGAUAUAGCCCCGGGCGAGAAGGUCUUGGAGGAGAAGUCUCUGCUCACUGCUAUCUCAAGGCUCCAUGAUUCAUAUUGCGAUGCUUGCAGUAUACCUUUCUCGACUUCCGAAGACCAAAAGGACGCAAUCAUCUCAUGCGAGGAAUGCGAUGAAGUCUUCUUUUGCAGUGAAGAAUGCCACGAUCUAGCACAAGAUCACUAUCACCCCUCAAUUUGUGGAGUCAACUUGGAUCAAGGCAAGGUACCGGUGCGCGAGGCGGCAGACUAUCUCUAUACCCUUCUCCUUUUCCGCGCUCUGGCAUUGGCCGAAACUCAGGACCUUCACCCACUCGAGUUGAAAGAAGUGCGUUACAUAUGGGGUGACUACCACGGCAAGGAUCUUGGAGUCGCGUGGCAAGCAGGCACGUCCGGUCGUCUGAGUAACCCGUUCGGUCAUGUCCCACAAACACUACCUUUUUCUUUUAAGAACAACAUCCUCAUGCCAUUGAAUGUUCUGGAGAAGAUGGAUGUCAACAUCUUCACACAAAGCCACCGUUACGACACUUGGAUCUUCAACGCACUGUAUGCGAAGUUCCGGGGAACGGCGUCCGCACAACAGGGCUUGGACGGAAAACCUGAGAUUAGUGCUGUUCAUCCCAUGUGGUGUCUCGCAAACCAUAGCUGUGAUCCGAACGUAGCCUGGGAGUGGCGUGGAUCGAUGCGUUUCUGGACCCGUGAGCAGAUGGUUGAUUGGAUGGGUAGAGAUCAGGACAAGGGUCCUGGUCUCAAGAAAGACGAGGAGGUCUUUGGUCAUUACUGCGACAUUCGUUUACCGGUCAAGGAACGACGUGAAUGGGCCGUGGGGGCACUUGGUGGUGAGUGCAUGUGCGCUAGAUGUGUAUGGGAAGAGGCAGCGGAGCAGAAGCAGGGUGGUUCACAUUAA